GCUUCGUUCGUUCAGCAAUGCUACAUUUCGCGGAAAUAAAUACUGUUUGAAACUUAAUGUAUGCGUAGCACUGUUGCUUGAGGUAGGCUUAAGCUAUGUGUAAUUCUAUAUAACUUCGGAUCGGAUGAGAUCGUCUUUGGCGGACUAAGAAGUGACUGAAGACAUUCUCUGCUGAAGCACACCCGUUUGGCCUGGCUGUGAUUAUGAAGGAAGAAGAGGAAAAUGGUGAUAUGAUUACACGUCUAGAUGAAGAAGAAAAGCGCUUUACUGAAACUGAAACGGACAUUGCAGAGUCCAACGUCAUGUACAAUGAAACGACACAGACAACAAUGGCGAGUGAUUCGAAGAAAGAAGAGGAUGAGCACGAGUAUCUGCUGGAGAGCAAGUCCUCAGACAGCAGGGGUGGGAGACAACAGGACCCCGUGUCUCUGGCCCAGUUGAAGAGGGUAUCAGUGGUGCUGGUGGACUGCUGCAGACCACAAGGACGACGAGGGAAGGAGGAGGAGAUGCAGACGCAGACCAACGGAGAUGCACAACAACCCGAGACCAGUGUUUCUGAACAUCAACAUGUAACGCAACAGAAGCUCCAUGGAGACAACGAUGACCUCAACCUGGAGACAGGAGACAGGCCUCAUAGAUGCACUCAGUGUGGAAAAGCUUUUUCAUACAGAAACCAUCUUUCACGCCACAUGCUUGUACACACAGGAGAGAAGAGUCAUAGAUGCACUCAGUGUGGAAAAGUUUUUUCACGCAGAUACCGUCUUUCACGCCACAUGCUUGUACACACAGGAGAGAAGAGUCAUAAAUGUAUCCAGUGUGGGAAAGGUUUUUCAUGUAGACACCAUCUUUCACGCCACAUGAUUGUACACACAAGAGAGAAGAGUCAUAAUUGUACUCAAUGUGGGAAAGGUUUUUCACGCAGAUACCGUCUUUCACAGCACAUGCGUGUGCACAUAGGAGAGAAGAAUCUUUCAGGCCACAUGCUUGCACACAUAGGUGUGAACCCAGUUGGCCGGAGACAGCUGGUGAAAGGAGAUACAAAUGACGAGGAAUAUGGUCGUAUGAUUGGUGAAGAUAAAGAUGAAGAAAAGCCUUUUGCAGAGCUCCACUGUAGAAGUGAAACAGACGUCUCAGACUCUAUCGAUGACACGCUACAGAUAGUGAAGACUGAAGUGAAGAAAGACGAGGAUAAGCACGAUUAUCUGCUGGAAAACCCCGUGUCUCUGGCCCAGAUGAAGAGGGUAUCAGUGGUGCUGGUGGACUGCUGCAGACCACAAGGACGACGAGUGAAGGAGGAGGAGAUGCAGAUACAGACCAACGGAGAUGCAGAACAACCCGAGACCAACCCCGUGUCUCUGGCCCAGAUGAAGAGGGUAUCAGUGGUGCUGGUGGACUGCUGCAGACCACAAGGACGACGAGGGAAGGAGGAGGAGAUGCAGACGCAGACCAACGGAGAUGCAGAACAACCCGAGACCAACCCCGUGUCUCUGGCUCAGAUGAAGAGGGUAUCAGUGGUGCUGGUGGACUGCUGCAGACCACAAGGACGACGAAGGAAGGAGGGGGAGAUGCAGAUACAGACCAACGGAGAUGCACAACACAUCGAGACCAACCCCGUGUCUCUGGCCCAGAUGAAGAGGGUAUCAGUGGUGCUGGUGGACUGCUGCAGACCACAAGGACGACGAGGGAAGGAGGAGGAGAUGCAGAUGCAGACCAACGGAGAUGCAGAACAACCCGAGACCAGUAAGAGACCAGAAACCAUGAGUGAUGUGGAAAAUGACGAGUUUGGUCCGAGUGUGAUGGUGAAAGAGGAGAAAUAUGGUCAUAAGAUUCCAUGUCAAGAUGAAGAAGAAAAGCCGUUAGCAGAGCUUCACUGUAGAACUGAAACAGACGUCCAGACAGAGUCCAACGUCACCUGCAAUGAAACGCAGACAAAACUGGAGAAGAAAGAGGAGGAUGUAACAGAUUAUCUUCUGGGAAGUGUUUCUGAACAUCAACAUGUAACGCAACAGAAGCUCCAUGGAGACAACGAUGACCUCAACCUAGAGACAGGAGACACGCCUCAUAGAUGCACUCAGUGUGGAAAAGCUUUUUCACGCAAACACCAUCUUUCACGCCACAUGCUUGUACACACAGGAGAGAAGAGUCAUAAAUGUAUCCAGUGUGGAAAAGCUUUUUCACGCAAAUACCAUCUUUCACGCCACAUGCUUGUACACAAAGGAGUGAACAUGCUACCCACACAGAUAGAAGAGAUGGCUCAUAAGUGCAGUGAAUGUGGACAAUCAUUUUCGCUCAUUUCAAAUCUUGAAUCACACAUGCUGAUCCACACAAAAGAGGAGCCUCACAAAUGUGCCCAGUGUGGAGAAGCUUUUAGAACGUUCACUCAGCUCCAGUGCCACGCGGUGGUGCACAUUCGUGCGGAGACGGACUUAAGCGCCGCCGGCUGUGCUGAAACUGACCCAGUGGGCCCUCGACCGCUGGUGCAAGGAGAUACAAAUGACAAGGAAUAUGAUCAUACGAUUGGUGAACAUGAAGAAGGGCCUUUUGCAGAGCUUUACUGUAAAACAGACGUCACAGACUCUAUCGAUGACACGUUACAGACGACAGUGAAGACUGACUUGGCAGGUCCUCGGUCCGAUGAGAACAUGGGUCAACCGUUAAGUGCCUCCGGCUGUGCUGAAACCAACCCAGUUGGCCCGAGACCGCUGGUGAAAGAAGGAGAUACAAAUGACGAGGAAUAUGGACGUAUGAUUAGUGAAGAUAAAGAUGAAGAAAAGCCUUUUGCAGAGUUUCACUGUAUAACUGAAACAGACGUCACAGACUCUAUCGAUGACACGCUACAGAUAGUGAAGAUUAAAGUGAAGAAAGACGAGGAUGAGCACGAUUAUCUGCUGGAAAGUGUUUCUGAACAUCAACAUGUAACGCAACAGAAGCUCCAUGGAGACAACGAUGACCUCAACCUAGAGACAGGAGACACGCUUCAUAGAUGCACUCAGUGUGGAAAAGCUUUUUCACACAGAUACCGUCUUUCACGGCACAUGCUUGUACACACAGGAGAGAAGAGUCAUAAAUGUAUCCAGUGUGGGAAAGGUUUUUCACGCAAACACCAUCUUUCACGCCACAUGCUUGUACACAAAGGAAUGAACAUGCUACCCACACAGACAGAAGAGAUGGCUCAUAAGUGCAGUGAAUGUGGACAAUCAUUUUCGCUCAUUUCAAAUCUUGAAUCACACAUGCUGAUCCACACAAAAGAGGAGCCUCACAAAUGUGCCCAGUGUGGAGAAGCUUUUAGAACGUUCACUCAGCUCCAGUGCCACGUGGUGGUGCACAUUCGUGCGGAGACGGACUUAAGCGCCGCCGGCUGUGCUGAAACUGACCCAGUGGGCCCUCGACCGCUGGUGCAAGGAGAUACAAAUGACAAGGAAUAUGAUCAUACGAUUGGUGAACAUGAAGAAAGGCCUUUUGCAGAGCUUCACUGUAGAACAGACGUCUCAGACUCUAUCGAUGACACACAGACGACAGUGAAGACGGAUUUGGCAGGUCCUUGGUCCGAUGAGAACAUGGGUCAACCUUUACGUGCCUCCGGCUGUGCUGAAACCAACCCAGUUGGCCCGAGACCGCUGGUGAAAGAAGGAGAUACAAAUGACGAAGAAUAUGGUCAUAUGAUUGGUGAAGAUAAAGAUGAAGAAAAGCCUGUUGCAGAGUUUCGCUGUAUAACUGAAACAGACGUCACAGACUCUAUCGAUGGCACGCUACAGAUAGUGAAGAUUAAAGUGAAGAAAGACGAGGAUGAGCACGAUUAUCUGCUGGAAAGUAAGUCCCCUCAGAUCCCCCUUUUAGAUGUGAAUCCCUUGUUUUAA